AUGGCUACCUCAACGGUGGAGCAACCUGCGACAGUAAAGCCAAAUCUGAAAGAGUUCCUGCAACCCCUCCAGGUGGGCAUCGAAACCUUGUAUGAUUUGUCCUGUCGACUAUCAACAUCAUACACAAAUCUGGCCUUGGAGUCGACUGAACACUUCAUUCCAACACCCAUAACUUGUCUCCCAACGGGCCAUGAGACUGGACGCUAUCUCGGUGUCUAUGUUGGUCUGUCUUAUCUACGAGUGGCCUUUAUUGAUCUCUUGGGAGAUAAACAAGUCGAAGGGCAUGCGCGUGUCCGACGAACGUUAGAAAAAGCCUGGCCUAUUGAAGAUCAUUUACGAAAAGACCAUUCCCUGGACCUGUUCACCUGGAUUGGUGACUGUAUUGCCGAGGUUGUGGCGGACAGACUCGCCAAUCCGAAUGAAGAAAGUCUGGACCAAAUAACGACGGGGAUUUCCCUCUGUUUACCUAUAAAACAGAACUCUCUCGAUGAAGCUAUCUUGAUGCCAACAGGCAAAGGCUUUUCUCUAAGCUCAGACCUCAACCUCCGCCAAGCACUUCUGAAUGGAUACGAGCGCCACACGUAUUCAUCGCAUGGAGAUGUUGAGCGAAUGCCUGCGAAACGACGCAGGUUGUUCUCACUACCUAAAUUAAAAAUCGCUGUCAUGAUCAAUGAUACUACCGCGACCCUUGCUUCAUUGGCCUAUUCAAUCCCUUCAUUGCCCAAUACCCGUGUGGUUAUGGGACUGAUUGUCGGUGCAGGAUGCAAUGCCACUGCGCCAAUGAAGAUAUGUGAUCUUCAUGAAUCAAAAACACAAAAAAUCCGGGAAAAAUAUCCGGAGGCGAAAGAGACGCUCAUUUCUACCGAGUGGACUCUUUCCACAGCUGCUGCUCCCUUUGAUGAGCUGCGCAUUAGAAAUAAAUGGGACCAUGAACUCGACCAGCAUUGCAAGCGACCGGGUUUCCAGCCUCUAGAAUAUAUGGUUGGAGGUGGGUAUACAGGCGAGUUAGUUCGGAUCAUCUGCUAUGACUACUUCCACAGAGUCCUGGGGGUAGCGGACUCGAUGUUACCCGUGAAGAUUAUUGAGCCAUAUUCCAUUACGACGGAAUUUCUUUCCCUGGUUGUUGCAUCAUCGAUGCCCGACGAAUCACUGGCACACAAGCUUUCUCAGAAGCUCGAACCACCAACGGGAAGUAAUUGGAGUUGGACCGCUGAAUAUGCUCGUGAUAUCCGCACCAUCGCAUCAGCCGUGCACGAUCGAGCCGCUUCAUUGGUUGCAGCCGCCGUGGUUGGUCUUCUCGAUUGCAUCAAGGAAGUUAAACUGUGCAAGGACUCCAGCGAUGUGCCAAAGUCACCCCAAAUCCAAAACCGCAAACAAACAGGAUCAGGCUCACCUGGCUGGAACAGUGGCCCGGAAGAACUCGCCGUGGCCUUUUCCGGUGGAGUCAUUCAACAUUAUCCUCAUUACAAAGAGAACGUGCAAAGACAUAUCGACCGUCUCAUACUCCGCGCUGGUCCGCAAGCAGGAGGUAAGAGUGUGUUCUUGCGCGAAGCUAGUGAUGGUGGAAUCAUUGGGACUGGUGUUCUCGCGGGAACUGCCUCGGGGGAGAUUGGGGAAAUAAAGGUUACAGGUGGCUCUCCGUGGCCAUUACUGUCUCCGAUGCGGAAGGACCUGUCUAUCAAAAUAUAG